CAAACCUCUUGGCGAGGCGCAGGUGCGAGCAUCCCGGGGCUGGAGGGCCUCCGCGAAGCGAAGCAGCCGUCCGAGAAUCUCGAAGAAGAGUUCCCAGGGCCUGCGGCAAUGCCCGAAAGCGUUGAACCAGGAAGUCAGCCCCCCCUCCGGGGGUUUCCUGCGGGCAUGCCCGUCCUGCCCCCUUAGGCAUGGUGGCCACGUGGCUGCUGGCGGCAGCCCUGCUGCCCGCGGCGCGUGCGCAGAUCAACGUCAUGGCGCCGAGCUCGCUCGCGGCGCAGUUCCCUGGAGGAAGAAUCAUGGGCUCCACCACCACGAUCGGCGCCCCCUUCUACGGAGAACGCGUGCUGGGGCAGCUCGUAUACGGUCGCUCUAGCAGCGGCUCGGCCCCGCACUGCACCGCGGAGGACUACGAGCUGCCGCCGCCCAUGGAGGUGGAUAGCACGAGGUACCAGGGUGAGAAGGAGGUUCGCCUGAUCAACAUCGCGGUCGUGAUGCGCGGAGGCUGCGCGUUCUCCACCAAGGUGCGGGUGGCCGCCGAGAAGGGCGCUCACGCGGUGGUCAUCAUCGACAAGCCGGACUCCCCAUACACGAGGCGCCAGAUGAACGACGUGAUCGUGGCAGAGGACGCCUACGUCGAGGACAUCCACAUCCCCUCCAUCUUCAUCUGCAAGUCGGACGGCAACCUGAUUCUCGACGCAUUCGCGAAGACUCAGGGCCCCAUCGUUGUGGAACUCGCGUGGAACGUGCCCACGAAGACAGUGGUGACCGUGGACCAGUGGAUGAGCUCCGCUUCGUCCGAGAGCCUGAGGUUCCUGCAGAGCUUCGCGCCGAAGAGGAGGAUCCUCAACCAGGUGCUCCGGUACCAGCCACACUUCACCGUCUUCAGCAUGGGCAGCGGAGGCAGCGCCCAGACCACCAGCAAGCUCUGCACGGACAUGUCUGGCAAGUACUGCGCCGAGGACCCCGACGGCGAUGGCCCCGUCGAGGGCAAGGACGUGCUCGAGGAGGACCUCCGCCAGCUGUGCCUCCACGACCAGACGAAGGUGCGCGGGCGCAGCAGGCAGUACCAAGACCACCCGACGCCCCCCGAGUUCGACAAGUACUGGAGCUACAUCGAGCAGUUUCAGAACAAGUGCCCCAUCACCGACGCUGCCGGGGACGAGAGCAAGCAGUUCGGCCCCGUGUGCUCGUACCAGCUGAUGAGAGACGUCGGCCUGAGCGAGGCGGACAUCAGGAGCAUCCGGGAGUGCGCCGACGUGAGCCGCAACACGGAGGAGCCUCGAGCGGCAGAAGAACCACACGGCCUGGUCCCCUAGGGCGCUCCGCAUCAACGGCUGGAGGUACAGCGGCAUCCUGGAUGCGGAGCUCGUGGCGACCGCAGUCUGCGCUGGCUUUGCCAGGGAGCCCGAGGAAUGCCUGCAAGUCAAGGUGAAGGACCGCAACUUCUUCAAGGCCUACGUGCCGCUGUCGAUGAGGUCAAACGGAGUCAGCUUCGGUACGAUGAUCGCCUGGCUGCUUGUGACGGUGGCCGUGGUGGCCGGCGUGUUCUUCCUGUACAAGCAGUACCUCAAGAAGGAGAUGCGCUUCACCAUCAGGGAGGAGGUCAUGCUGGAGGUCGAGUCGCAGAUGGGCCAGUACGGCAGGCUGAAGGGGUCGGCCUGAGCGGGCUCUGAGGCCAACGCCGCGGGGCGGUCGGCUCGGACCGGGGCGCGCUCCGGGGCAGGCCCGGGAGCUGGUCUCGAGGGAGGCCAUUGCCACAUCACGUGCAGCGAUCGGCAGGCCGCGCGCCCAGGGUCGCUCCCCAGACAUGUGACGGCCUUUUUCUUCGUCCUUCUGCUCCUCCUGCUCCUCCUCCUCCUGCUCCUCCUCCUCCUAGAUGAGGGCCUGGCACGUCUGGGGCUCGCCUCUCGCCCGUGGCCGCUCCGUGUGGCCGGCCUUGCGCCUCGCAGUUUUUCUGCCGCCGCACCGGCGGCACGCUUCGACCAUUGAAUUAUCAUUGGUUGGCCGGCGUCCCCCGCCAACCCCUUUCUGGUUCACGAACGGGCCCUCGUGUCGUGGGGGCGCCCUGCAUGCCCUUGGCUCUCCCGCCGCAUCCGCCGGCGGUGCGAGGAGCCCGCCCCCUUUGCUGCUGCUGCCGCCCCUCCUCGCCCCCUUCGCUCCCUGGCCGCCUCGCGCCGUGCAGAGAUCUCGGCGGGGCGCACCGGCCGGCGGGGGAACAGGUACCCACACUGCUACCCUGAA